AUGUUAGUGGAAGUGGGAGAUAAAGCUUCUAUCCAAGACAUUUUGAGAAAAUUAGAUGGAUUUUUUGGCAAUGUUGCCUCAGGCGAAACGCUUAUGCAGUCAUUUUAUAAUGAUUGUCAAAAAGAGGGGGAAUCAACUGUUGUAUUUGCUUCUAUGUUAGAAGACACAUUAUCAAAAGCAAUCAAAUUUGGUCACAUUGGUAAUGAAGCAAAAGAUGGGAUGCUAAGAAGGAAAUUAGGAAGGUGCAAGAGGAGAUUACAUCACAAAGGAGUUCUGGAACAACAAAGUCAGCAACAGGCAGAGAGAGCAGAGAUUACUACAUCAUCGACAGACCUACAGAAAGAAUUACAGACAAUGAGACAGAUGGAGGAGGAAAACAAGGUUCAGAAAAGCCCUAUUAGAAACUCAAAAUCUGAAUCUAAAGAUUUGUUAUCAAGAAUGGUUGGACAUCAGAAUGAAAGAUAUAUUGAAGUUGAAUUACAAAUUCCAUUUUUGUCCUUGAAUCCUUUUUAUGUACCAGUUCUAGUCACAAAAGGAACUGAAUACAAUAGCAAAGUUCCUAUUAUUAUUGGUACAAAUGUGAUAAGGUUGUGUAAAGAUUAUGCAAACCCAGAACAUACAGAUGUUCCAGAGGAAUAG